GCAACCGCCUCGUUUACGACUACUUUAUGACCCAUAUAUCUGCUAUUAGCUACUUGCUAUGUCGUCACGGCAGUUUUGUUGUUCCGUGGAAUAAGGUUCAUGACAAUUCAAAAUGGCCACAGAUGAUAUUGCACAGCUGGUUGAUGCUCUUUCCAAGACUCAUGUUGGAGAUGGAGAGUUGAGUUUUAAGGGACGGGGCCUCAAGUUGGAUGAUGCGGAUUCUGCGGAGGAUCUGGUCCACAGCAUUAAGCAGUACCAAGAUUUGAGAGCUCUGCGAUUGGAGGGCAACACAAUGGGAGUAGAGGCAGCCAGGGCCAUUGGGAAAGCCAUUGAAAGCAAAGAUCUCCUUGAGAGAUGUUACUGGAGUGACCUGUUUACUGGAAGACUGCGCUCUGAAAUCCCCUCAGCCCUGAGGUUCCUCGGCAGUGGAUUAAUGAGUGCAGGAGCCAGACUGACCGAGCUGGAUCUGAGUGAUAACGCCUUUGGUCCAGACGGUGUGAAGGGAAUAGAGCAGCUGCUGAGGAGUCCAUCCUGCCACACACUCAGGGAGUUGAGGCUCAACAACUGUGGAAUGGGUAUCGGUGGUGGAAAAAUCCUAGCAGAUGCUCUUAUUGAGUGCCACAGGAAGUCAUUCGAUCUGGGAGCCGCACUCAGACUAAAGGUCUUCAUCGCGGGGCGGAACCGCCUUGAGAACGAAGGUGCCAGCGCCUUAGCCAAAGCUUUCAAGUUGAUGGGGAGUCUGGAGGAAGUGCACAUGCCUCAGAAUGGAAUCAACUACAAAGGAGUGAUGGCUCUAGCAUCAGCACUGCGACAUAAUUCAGAGCUUCGCGUCAUCAACCUGAACGACAACACCUUUACCAAGAGAGGAACCGUUGCCAUGGCCCAGAACCUGAAGCACCUGCGGAACGUCCAGGUGAUCAACUUCGGGGACUGUUUGGUGCGCUCUGAAGGAGCCAUGGCUCUCGCUGAUACACUGAGAGAAGGACUGCCGGUCCUCAAGGAGCUCAAUUUGUCAUUUGGGGAGAUCACUGAGGCAGCAGCCGUCGUGGUGGCUCGGGCAGUCAUGGACAAGCCAUACAUGGAGAAAAUAGAUCUGAAUGGUAACUGUCUUGGUGAGGACGGAUGUGAGGCUCUGAGGGAAACGAUGGAGAGCAUGGAUAAAGGAGACAUGCUGGCAUCGCUCAGUGAUGAUGAGGGAGAGCCUGAUGAGGAGGAGGAGGAGGAGGAAGAAGAAGAAGAAGAAGAAGAGGAGGAUGAGGCCACUGAAGAAUACAGUGGAGGAGAGGAUGUAGAAGAUGGCCUUGCAAGGGAGACUGGGAACAUAAGUGAAGAAGACAGUCCUGUUAAGUCCUAGGCCUUGUGUCAGCACAGCUCUUAAAAUCCUGCAGCAUGGAGGUGCUGGUCUCUGCUCUGGAGAAGAGGUGCAAUGAUCAAUACCGACCCAACACUGCCCUUCUUAAUACACACGCACACACACGCUGCUCUGGCAUGGAACAAGUGAUAAAAGAUGACCACUGCUCUUGUUUCUUAAUUUGUACAUUGCCUGAAGAUGUGAAAGCCAAAUGUGUUUCAUUUUAUUUUUUUACCUUAUUUUUCUAGUAAACAUUAAAAUAAUAAAAAUGUAGGUUAAUACAAUUGUUAACACACAUUGAUCAAGUAAAAACAAUUGCCUUCGAACUGACUAUGGGGAAUAGAUCCCUUUGCACAGUGCAGUAUGGGAUGAACAAAGACAGUUUGUGGUGGAAGUGAUUCUGGCACCGCUAAAUUAGUUUUAAAUUUGUGUAACAUUGCAGCACAUACACUAGAUCCUCUCGCUCAUUUCCUCAUCUGUGUGUUAUAGUGGCAUUUAUGGUUGAAAAUUGUUUACUGUUCUUCUGGGAAUCAUUGAGAACUGCAUUUGUAUUGUGAAGAGGCUUGAUGAUGUUUGCAUUACAUUUCUUAUUAAUAUAACUAAUCCAACACGUUUGAUAGUGUCUGUCUCUCUUUCUGAUGAUGUUUAUGUUAUCGCGUUCAUAUUCUUCAUUCAUACUGUCAGUACCAAAUUGACACACACGCAGGUCAUCUUUUUCUUUUUGGGGACAUUUCUUUCUCCAGCCUCCCACCCAAAACCUAACCAAAACCUAACCAUUGAAAACAAGUGGCUUACCUUAACCAGGAUCUAAACCAUUCCAAACCGAUUCAAUUAAAUGAUCCAGUUUUUAUUUAUUUAAGUUUUAAUCCUCAAAUUGAUGCUUUACCUCUGGUCCCCACUAGGGGUGUUUCCAUGAAUUGGUCCCCACAGGUACAUGCAAUACCGGGACACAUACACACACGUUUGUUUUCAACAAAACAAAAAGAAGAACUUUUGGUGCCAAACCCUUGAACCUCCAUCCUCAAAUUCAGGGUUAACCAUGACCUUACUAACUUACUUAACUAAGCCAAAUGUCCUCACAAUCCAUCUACUGAAUCAAACGCUGUCUAAAUCAAAGCACAUCAGGCGUGUACAUCUGUGUACACAAUCAGAACAUGACAAGACAGAAGUCUGGAAGAUUCAUUGGUUAUUCAUGCACUAGUUAUGGGUACAUGUGUCCUCAGACCAACCGAGAGACACAAUUUCUAAUAUGACCAGGGUCUGUCCCAGGACCUCCUCUCAGUUGAACAUGCCAGGAACACGAUACCAGGGAGGCGUCCAGAAAACAUUCUCAUUGUCGUGUCAGUCAAUAUCGGUGAUUUUACCACAAAAUUUCCUCAGCUCUUUUGUCUAGAUAAACAGUCUUAAUAACUGAUGAUGCUACAACAACCUUUUCAAAUUUCACACUCCCUCCUCUUUGCUCUACCCGGACUGGCGUAGAACCGUCAC